UUUUUUGCCUACCUGGCCUGGUCCCCCAUGAGACUGGAUAACUGGCUGAUUCACGCAUGGCGCGCUGGCGGGUGGUGGGUGGCCAAGAGAAAGGUUUGAUCGUACGAAGCUCGGCAGAGGUCUCCUCCCAACAGCUAGGGCGGCUUAACUAUGGAGCUGAGGUCGAGGAGUUGCAGCUGCUCGGGGAGCGCCUGGAGUUCCAGAAGGUGUCGGGCGAUGGAGUUGAGCGUGGCUGGGUGAGCCGGUCUAUUCCGGAGUGGUGCGGAGUUACACCGGGGCCGGUUCCGGAGUUGUUGACGCCCUGUGGCUGGCAACACCUGCGUGGCUGUUCCAUCGGCCCGUUCCACGCGCAUGAGGAGAAGGUCACCACCGUGGCCUUCGACCCGGUAACACCGCUGCAGCUGUGGACGGCCUCCUGGUCUUCGGCCUCGGUGAGGCAUUGGCAGCUGGCACGGCACCAGCAGCCACAGUUGGUCAAUCAGCUCAAGACUCAUGGACUCGUUAGCGCGCUCCAGCGCCUCGAUCAGGACACGCUGCUCACGGCCAUCUCUGCCAAUCCGAUGCCUGCGGGGAAUGUGUGUCACCAGGCAGAUUUCAAGCAGCGCAUGGCCGAGCUGGAUGAUAAGUUAGAGCCCGGACAGCAGCUGGUGCUGUGGCGACUGGAUCCGCGCCCCGAAAUGUGGAAACAGCUGCCCUUCCACCCGCACGGCUGCCGCCUUUUAGCCGUUGGCCCCGGGAAUGAGCUCGUGGCUUCGGCAUCCAAGGAGCGGCUGGUGCUGAGCCAUCGGAGCGGUCCUGGGGCGCCCCUGGAGGUGCUUUGGAGCGUGCACUUGGAACAGAAGCUGACAGCGCUUUGCUUCACAGAGACUGGAAGCCUUUGGAGCUGUAAUGGGCAGCAUGUGACCUGCUGGGAGGAGGGAAGGACGAAGAGCUCCGUGGAGAUCCAGGUGGAUAAUGUCUCAGCGUUGGUCGCGCUCCAGGAUGAGCUGUUGAUUGCUCACGAAACGGGCUUCUUGUUUCUGGAUGUGGGCACGGGCCAGAUCCGCCAGCAGUACACCAAGGACGUGGUCUCCGCCGCCGCGCGCCUCGGGCAGAGCUUCGUGGCCGCGCUGGGCGCCCACGUCGUGCGCUACGACGUCGUGCGCGGACUGGGGCCGUCGCCGGCGAAGGCGUCGGGGAUGUGGACUUUGCCGCAGAAGGUGGUGUCUCUCCAUUGCCUCGGUGCGGUCGGUGCUCCUCCUCUCGUGGCCGCCGGCGCUGCGGAUGGAACCGUGGUCGUAUUCGAUGCCACAUGAGUGUCGAA